AGGAAGUAAAUAAUAAUCACAAGAGCCUUAACAGAAGGGGAUUCCAGAAAUUCCUCAAGUUAACUUGUCUUUAGUAGUUUCCAGUUUUCAGCUAAAUGUAAUCUUCUUUUUUUUAGUUUUGUUACACCGCACGUGUGUUGACGGUGCCACCCGGAAGCGCUCACUCUAAAGUGAAAGUGUCCCGCGGUUCCGUGUUUAGGGGGUCUGCUGGCCCAGGGGCUCUACGUGCUCGGACAGAUCAGACGCCCACCCACCAUGAGUGACCUACUGAGUGUGCUUCACGACGUGUCCACCGAGUUGACCAGUGCAAACCUGGACUCCCUCAAGUUUCUGUGCUGCGAUGUAAUCGGCAAGAAAAAGUUGGAGAAAGUGUCGAGCGGUAUCGAUCUCUUCCAGAUUCUACUAGAAAUGCAGCUCAUCUCCAGCGGCAACACCGCCUUCGUCCGGGAUCGGCUUGCCAAGAUCAAGCGGGUAGACCUGGCGGAAAAACUGGAAGGGUGCUGCCUGUCCUCGGACGCACAGAUAAGUCCAGCAGAGAGAGAUAACCUCUCCCUCACAUUCGAUACAAUUUGCAACAACCUUGGACGAGAAUGGAAGAGAUUUGCCAGAAAAAUUGGUGUGAGUGAUGCCAAGCUUGAUCAGAUAGCCGUGAAACACCCUUAUGACAUGAGAGAGCAGAUGAUGGCGGCCUUGAAAGAGUGGGAGAAAACCCAGGGAAAGGAUGCCAAGGCAGCAAGUCUAAUUCAUAGUCUACGGGAGUGCAACCUCAACUGGACAGCUGACAAAGUGAACGAAGCAUUGAAGGGUGUCUCUUAAUGACUUUGUUUUAGUUGAUAGAAUAUCCAGGAAGUGCCUUCUGCUAUUUAUGGUUCUAGAUAGAUUUCUAAAAUGAUGGGUUGAAGUUUUAUAGUUGUAUGACUUAGAAAUGGUAACGAUGAUCCAACUGAGCAAGCCAGAAAAGUAACUGCAAUCAGCAACAAAUAGGGAUCACAACAAGCAUAUGUCUGUGGAGACUUCAAGUGCUGAGUCAGGUUUAGGGGUCCACACUGUGUUACAGGG